AUGCUGCAGCGGAGGCCGGGGUCUGCCGGCGCGCAGGCCCGCAGGAGGAAGGCCUCAGAGACGGGCAGCCACGAGGUGCAGGAAGGGGAUGCCCAGGGUGUGUACCAACUGGCGGUGCUGCUGAUGGAACUGGACACAGAGGAUGAAGACUCACGCCUCCUAGCGGCUGAUGCCCUGUACCGCCUGGGCCGCCUGGAUGACGCCCACAAGGCCCUGCUGGUGGCCUUGUCCCGGAGGCCCCAGGCGGCCCCAGUGCUGGCACGGCUGGCUUUGCUACAGCUCAGGAGAGGCUUCUUCUAUGAUGCCAACCAGCUGGUGAAGAAGGUGGUCCGGUCCGGGGACACAGCCUGCCUCCAGUCCACCCUGGACGUCUUCUGCGACGAGGACCGGCAGCUGCUUCAGAGCCACUGCCACACGCGGGCCCUGGCCAUCCUGAGGACACGGCCAGGCGGGGACGACGGUGGGGCGCAGGCCAGGGAGGCCAUCGCUUACCUCUCUCUGGCCAUCUUCGCUGCAGGAGGGCAGGCUAGCGAGUCCCUGCUUGCCCGUGCCCGCUGCUAUGGCUUCCUGGGCCAGAAGAAGACAGCCAUGUUCGACUUCAACGCCGUGCUCCGGGGUGAGCCGGGGAACGUGCCGGCGCUAUGCGGGCGGGCACUGGUGCACCUGGCCCUGGGUCAGCAGAAGGAGGCCGUGGAUGACAUCAUCUCUGCUCUGAAGCUGGACACAGGCGCUGUGGUCCCUGAAAUCCGCUCAUUGAAGCCAGAAGCCCAGUCCCUCAUCACCCAGGGCCUCUACACCCGCUGCCGGGAUCUCUUGAGCCAACGGUUGGACACCGAGGUGCCCCUCAGUGACGAGGACACCCAGGGCCUCCUGGCUACUGGGCAGACACUGAUCAAACUGGAUGCCCAGCAGCCAGACUGGCACAUCCUCCUCACAGAUGUUCACAUGGCCAUAGGCAGCUAUGAAGAUGCUGACGCCCAUCUGCAAAAGGCCCUGAGCUCCACUCCACUGUCAGCGGCGGCCCAAGGCCGGCUGGGCUUGCUCCGAGUCAAGAAGGGAGACCUGCUGACCGCGGUGCAGGACUUGCAGGGCCUGGUGGGGAAGGACUCCAGGGAUCUUGGCUUCCUGCUGCAUCUUCUGGAAGCCUCUGAGCGGCAGAGCCUCGCCCAGGCUGCAGCCCAGGAAGCCAGCACCCUCCUGGAUGUGGGGCUCCCAGCGCAGGCAUUGGACUUCUGCUCUCUGGCCGUCCUGGCGGAUGAGGGCAGCGCCCAGCAUCGGCGAGCACGGGCCGCCUGCCUGGCUGUGCUGCGUGAGUUUAGACGCGCCCUCGAGGACCUGGACUUCAUCCUCCAGAAACAUGCUGGGGCUGUCGACCCCCCAACACUGGCAGAGGACUUCUGCUGCCGUGGCCGGUUGCUGCUAAGCCUGGGAGACGAAGCUGGGGCGGCUGGGGCCUUUGCCCGGGCUCUGGAACUGGCCCCCGCCCCGGCUCUGAGCAGCCUGCGCGCACGGCCAGGCCAGGCCCCCACCGCACGGGUGUUCCAGCACCACGGGCAGCGCUGCCUGGAAGCCCGGCGCCACGCGGAGGCCUGGACUGCGGCCCAGAGCGGCCUGCUUGUGGACCCCGAGCACGGUGGCCUCAAGAGGCUCAAGGGGAGGGUCCGCAGGGAGGCAUCUUCUGGCUGCAGACUCCACUGA